AGACGAGAAUAAAGAGUUCACUGACAUGUGAGAAUGGCCAAUUCUUUAAGAGGUGAAGUGUUGAAUCUGUACAAAAAUCUGCUGUACCUUGGAAGGGAGUAUCCCAAAGGAGCAGACUACUUUAGAAGCCGUUUGAAAGCAGCUUUCCUAAAAAAUAAAGAUGAGAAAGAUCCUGAAAAAAUUAAGCAGCUAAUUGCACGAGGAGAAUUUGUUAUAAAAGAGUUGGAGGCUUUGUACUUUCUCAGAAAAUACAGAGCCCUGAAACAGCGCUACUACAGUGAUGACAGUCAAUAACUGGUGCUAAUGACUUUGCAUGUAAUGAUACAAAUCCAUAAACAAUAAAAGAGCUGUAACCUGAGAAGAAAUGAAACGUAAAUCCUUCCAACCCAUCUAAAGUACAAAUUAGGACUUUGCUUCCCCUUAAGUAGGCGCUUGAAGGAUUUGGGUUUUCCAUUAUAUGGGCAAUAGGUUUUUCUCAACUACUUUUGACCGCCUUGAAGUAAAACUUCACGUAUGAAACAAUUUUGCAGGAAGUAGUGGUACCAUGAUUCUGUUCUGUUUCACUUCGAUAGACAUGUUGAACAGAUAGCUCUUCUUACCUGAUAGCUGUGUGUUUGUAGCACCGAUGCAAGAUGCUACGCUUCUCGUUACUUAGAAGAUUAAUCUGAUUUUGAAAGUCUUCCACAUUUCAUGGUUCGUUUCCACCACAAAUGAGCACCUCCUCAAAAGUAAAUUCUUAAAGAUUUUAGCUACAUCUGCUUAACGUGCAGGAGCCACGUUGGCAGGCUGGCGGAAGCACUGUCUUACUGUGUUAAAAAGAAGACUACAGGGUCAGGAAAGGGGUGAAUUUGAACAAUAGUGGUUUGAGCACUUAGACCCUGAAGACAAUUCCUACUGCUGCUGAUUUCUGAUGUUGUGCAACUGCUGUAGCAGGAAUAUAGAACUUGAUCCUUUCCGCUGGAAGAGAAGUUUGACCUUAGAUGUUUGCUUCAUGGCUAACUCUGUAGACCUUGGCUCGACUAGCACAAACUUGUGCCAGAACUGAUACUCUGCACAUACUAGAGUUGGUUGGUGUUUCUGCCUCCCUGCCCACCGCCCCCCCCAAGAACUAAAUGACACUGGAGAUGAUAGAACAGAAACAAUCUUAGAAAUCUAGGUAAGUAAUCACUGCGGUACAACUAUUGGCAAUAGCAAGUCUUCACAUGCGUUUAUUCCAGAAUAGAAUUAAAAAAAAAAAAAAAGGCAAAUUAGACAGUACGCUGCCUUGUGAUGAAAUGUAUGUGCUUCAGUUUCUAGCACCAUAUUGAUGUGAAAAAGUCCUUCCACAUCAACUUAACUCCUCUACAAUAUGUUGCAGUUAAACCUAUUCUGAAUGAAUACCUCUAUAUACAAAAUUUAACCUGCCCUUCUCAGUAACAGAUGAAAGAUUAUCCAGACAUGGUAACAAAGGGCCAAAGCAUAAGUUUAUAGAACAGGAGCAGGUUCAUGCUUUUUUUUCCCCCAUAGGACACAAUCAGUACUAAAGAAUGUCUUUCAUAUUUUCUGUAAGUUUAUGGAAGGCAUUUGAUUGAUUGAUAGAAGAAAACAAAUGUGCACCUGGGAAUGAACACAGAAUAGCUACUCAGAGUAUUUUAAACUUGUAGACUAAUUCAAAUCAAGUCUGCUGUGAGACUAAUGAAAACAAGGUCUCUGGGGCAUGACUGAAGAUGGUACAGCCCGAGCAGCAUGCACCAGUGCAUGAGAAGCGCAGCCUCACCUGAAGUGAGGCUCUGCUCAUCGCAGAGCGCAGAAUGCAAAAGCAGCACGGACCAGAGGAGAUGGAUCGGUACGAUAAAGCAUUUUGUCGAAGCGCGGCGCACCCCCGCCUCAGAGGAAGGGAACACCAGUGGGCAAGGACAACAGCUUUGUGACAGGCAGUGAGAAGUACAAGAAAGAAACUGAGAACAACUGCCAGACACAUGCAAUUCAUGGGAUACUCCGUUAUAGAGAUGAGGCGCUGAAAUUCUUGGAGAGAAAAAGGAAACUGGGACAGAAAUUCACAAUAACUAUUUUUUAUUACAUUACAAUAAAUAGGAGCAGUACAGUUUGACAAAAAAAUGACAAAUUCCAGAUCACCUCACAGCACAUACUCCUAAAAACAUUAAAAAUUUUUAAACAAACUGGUCUUUUUUUUUUUUUUCUUUUUUU